AAAAAAAGUCCGGUUUCUUGUCGAGCCCUGUUUGUUGCGACUCCAGGAAGAGACUCCAUUCGAGGCUUGUUGUUAUUAUCCUGAGCUAACUGCCAACCAGACAACUUCUUCUGUGUUUAAACUUGUUGUUCGACGAUGUCUUCAGACUUUGAGACCUACGAGCAGGAUUUUGGGACUAUUACCGCAGAAGUAACUAACAAAAUUGGCAAAAUUCCUAAACUAAGUGGAGAGGAGAAGACACAGCUGGUUCUAAAUGUCGACAAACAGCUUGAAGAAGUCAGAGAGUUGCUGGAGCAGAUGGACCUGGAGGUGCGGGAGAUCCCCAUCCAGAGUCGAGCCAUGUACAACAGCAGGCUGAAGAGCUACAAGGAGGAGAUGGAGAAGCUUGAGAAAGACUUUAAAAGGUCACGUAUUGCCUACAGUGAUGAGGUGCGCAACGAGCUCCUGGGGGAUGACGCCAUCUCCUCGGAGAGCCAGCUGAUAAAGUUACGUGAAGAGAGAGCACAUCUGUUGGACAACACAGAAAGGCUGGAAAGGUCAUCACGGAGACUGGAGGCCGGCUAUCAGAUAGCAGUAGAAACUGAACAAGUGGGGCAGGAGAUUCUUGCCAACCUUCACACUGAUCGUGAGAAGAUUCAGAGAGCCAGAGAAAGGCUGAGAGAAACGGACACCAACCUGGGCAAGAGUUCUCGCAUCCUAACCGGCAUGCUGAGAAGGUAAGAAGCAGGAUCAUCCAGAAUCGCGUCCUGGUCUUCGUCCUCGGAGCCAUCAUCCUUCUCACCAUCAUCUUGGCCAUCUAUUUAAAUCUUCGAAGCCACUGAUCUCCGCCGUACACCCAUACACAAACACAGCCCCCCUUCCCUCCUUUCUUCUCAACACAAAUAUAAACAGACAGAGAUGCGUGAUUAAUAGCGACAAAAGCGUUGUUCCGCUGUAAUUAGGACAAAUGGUACCCAUGAAUCAUAGUUUCCUAAGCCUGACAGGGAGCUUAUUUCCAUUUGACUUUACUUUUUACCUUCUCUUUUUGUUCCUUUUCUCUUCACUUUCUUUUUCUUUUCUUUCUUCUUCUGUACUCAGGCUUUUUUGUUGUUGUUGUUGUUGUUUUACCACCUCUAGGGGCAACAGUGGUGUGAAAUGUUUUUCUGAUGGGUAAAACUUUUCAUGUCAUCCUCAGUGUAGAUUUGCAGCCCAUCUUGUUUUGGAACUUGAAGCAAAUCCAAAUGUGUUCAUUUUGCAUAAGUGUUUUCCAUGUGUUUGGACUUGCAUUAAAAGACAGAGUUCUGCACACGCAUGCAUGCUUGCAGCAUUCACAGUCUUGAGUUAGACGCCCAAGGCUAUUACAACAAUAGUGAACAUGCGUACUGUAGUAUGUGAGAUCUUCUGUAACAAAGUGAGUCAGCCAUUUUCUUGAAGCAAAAGACAACACCCACAGAUAACACACUCCUGCAUUAAAAGGCUCUGCAAAGCCUAAAAUAGACUUUCGGAAGAAGGUUCAGGACAGAAUGAAUUUUGUUCAAACAAUUAAAAAAAAGGAUUGUUUGGAUUAUUAGAAAGAAGGCUGCAUGCAUUCAACAAUAAAUGUAUGACUAUUUUCAGAGACUGAGGAAAAUAACCAAACCAGAUUUUUAUAAUCAACCGACCCCAGCCUUGACAAACGUAGAGAAGUUUCCAUAUUUGGUACAUUGUUCUCCCAAAAGAAACAUCAUGAUUCAGUUCUUUGGGCUUCUUAACUUUCUUUGUUCGAUCUUACAGCUUAAAUAUAUAUAUAAUGUAUACAGUUUAUAGAUGUAUGUACUAACAUUUAAAUGGAAGUCAUGUAUAGUGUUUUUGCUUUCACAACAAGUGAUUCUGUUAGUAUUUAUUUAAGAAUGCAGAGGUUUCAAUUAAAAUGUUUGUGGUAGAGUUGUAUGAUUUAUUUUGUUUCAGGGUUUUGUUUUUUGUUUUUUCUGUUAAGAUAAAUUUUAUUUCUGGACCAAAACGAACUGUGCUGGUUUUUACUUCUCUUUGAGGUUAUUUUUCCUCUGUAAAUGAAUCUUAGCUGUUUUACCACCAGUAAUGUUUGUUCUCUGUAUUUGAUUUAAUGUUCUGAUGAAUGUCACAAUACAGGUUUCUGAUAUUCACUAUGCAGACUGAUUAUAUUAUAUGAUUGCAGGUUUGUCCUGUCAGCUGGUUCUUUUGGGCGUUUUGGAAAGUCAAAAUUUACAAGCAAUGUUAUUAAAGUUGCCUCACGAAAGUA